UUGGUGCAGUCAGUUGCUUUUACUGCGGUCCCCUUCUUCGUCGUUGCUGCAGUUUGGUUCGUGCUAUUUGGGCUUAGCUUAUUCAUUAUCUGUCUGUGUCGUUGCUGUUGUCCAAGAGAACCUUAUGGUUAUUCUCGAACAGCUUAUGCUCUGUCCUUGAUCUUCCUCAUUUUCUUCACCCUGGCAGCAAUAGCUGGAUGUGUUGUCCUCUACACUGGUCAGGGGAAAUUUCAUGGCAGUUCGUCGGACACACUGGAUUAUGUUGUCAAGCAGGCUGACUUCACCGCUGAAAACCUCAGGAAUGUGUCAGAUUAUCUCGAUGCAGCUAAAAAGAUUGGAGUUGAUGCUAUUUUUUUGCCAUCGGAUGUUCAGAAGAACAUAGAUGAUGUUCAAACAAAAAUCAGAUCUGCUGCAACAACUCUUUCCAAUGAGACCCGUGAAAAUUCUAAAAACAUACAAGACGGUUUUGAUGCCAUGAGAUUCACUCUUAUUGUUAUUGCAGCUGUUAUGCUCUUUCUUGCAUUUCUUGGGUUCAUAUUUUCCAUCUUUGGGCUGCAGUGUCUUGUAUACUUUUUGGUGAUUGUUGGAUGGGUUCUUGUUGCUGGAACAUUUAUUGUGUGUGGUGUAUUUCUCUUUCUUCACAAUGCGGUUGCAGAUACUUGUGUUGCCAUGGAUGAGUGGGUGCAGAACCCUACUGCUCGUACAGCCUUGGAUGAUAUUCUUCCUUGUGUGGAUAAUGCUACUGCACAGGAAACCUUGACUCGAUCCAAGGAUGUGACAUUCCAAAUCGGCAAGAUAAUUGACAACGUCGUCGCCAAUAUCACUAACCGGAACUUCCCACCUAGCGCGGGACCUUUGUACUACAAUCAGUCUGGUCCCCGCAUGCCAUCGCUUUGCAAUCCAUUCAAUCCUGAUCUCACAGAUAGGCAGUGUGCAGCUGGGCAAGUGGCUUUGGACAAUGCCACUGAGGUAUGGAAGAAUUAUACCUGUCAGGUUUCAGCCUCUGGCAUAUGCAACACACCGGGCCGUAUGACUCCAACAAUAUAUGGUCAAAUGGCAGCUGCGGUGAACGUGAGCUACGGUCUGUAUCAUUACGGACCAUUCUUGGUAGAUCUCGAAGAUUGCACUGUUGUCCGGAACACAUUCUCAGACAUCAGUGGCCGGUAUUGCCCAGGUCUCAGAAGAUACACCCAGUGGAUCUACCUCGGAUUGCUCAUCGUAUCCCUCGCAGUGAUGCUUUCUUUGAUCUUCUGGGUUAUCUACGCCAGAGAGAGGAGGCAUCGUGUGUACACCAAAAAUCUCUUGACAGAAGAUAAAGCCCCUUGAAGACAUCAUCCGGCAUUAUUAAUGUUGUGGGGAAGACCAUGAUGGUGUUCAUAUGAGUUUGAUGCUGUGCAGAUUUUUGAUUCACUUAUGUUGAUUAUUGGUAUUUGUUGUUUGUAUUGAAGAGGUGUUUAAAUCCCCUGGUAGUAUAAGUAAUAUAUAGGAAGUGGUACUUGUGGUAGUGUAUUUAUUAUUGUGUAACUUUCAUUUGUGUAUGUAUGAAUGAGCACUUAGAGAAAGCUUUGGCUUCGGCACUUGUUAACGUGAAUUUUGGAUCUUA